AUGGAUCCUCGCCCUUUGCUGUCGGACUGCGAACCCGACCAGCCUCAGGCUGCGGAUUCCGCGGCGAGCACCUUCUCCGAUGGCACGGCUUCGGAGAGUGUGGCUUCCGGGGGCCAAGUGCCCGACGCAUGCCCCGAAGCUGCUUCGCCCGGUUCAUCAUAUACAUUGGUGAACGACCCGCAGAUCCCAAGGCUACUUGGAAAGAUCGAAGAGCAUGUGAAGACAGGCUUUCAGGAUACACGAGUCUUGGAAGCACAGCCUGGCUUCAUCGAGAAAGUGGUGAAGGUGCCAUUUCAGCUCAUCCUCAACCACAGCUGUGUGGUGUUGGGUGCUGCAGGCGCUGGCAAAACCACCAUUUGUAAAGCCUUGGGCGGUGACAAGUUCAAUCCCAAUGUUGAAGCCGGGCCUCAUUUGAGGAAUCGAACGCUCAAUGCACAAGCUUUCGAUCUCGAGCUCGAAGGUCUUACGAAGGAUCUCCGGCUGGUGCUAAUUGACACUCCAGGAUGGAGCCACGAAACCAGCACGGACAUCAAGUCGCAAUACAAACAGAUCUUGAAAGACAAGCAUUUGGUCUCAGAACACACUCCUCAUAUCAUCAUGCUUUGCGUUCCGGUGUCCUCCAUCCGUCAGUUCCAGAGAGAUGAAGCAAAGAAAAUGAGCAAUCAAUUGCAAGAGCUGAAGUUUGACAGGCGCUUUCCCAUCAAGGUCCUUCCUGUGGCCACCAAGGCAGACACGGAGCAUCGAAAGGAAUUGCCUGAGCUUUUGUCCGCAAUCAAGAGCCUUGCAGAGGAAGCCUUUCAAAACACUGGGGCAGAAGUGGAAGAACCACUUUCCACAAGUUUCCCACCAGGGGGCCAACCGCAGGGAGUGCAGGAGUUGAAGGCAUUGCUGGAACGUGUGUUGCAUAGCCAGCUGUGCUCAGCCGAAUUUCGAUGCCUUUGGCAAAAGGCCUUGGCCCAGCGUGUGGCGGCAGAUGCCAGGAUGCAUUGUGAGACGUUUCCACAGAAUGACUCUGCUUUGCGUGUGUUCAAGAGCGGCUGUUGCACGGUGGCAGCUGCUUGUGGGAAGCAUGUUGAGCGGUUGGACUUCGACUGGAGGAGAGCCACGGUGGAGGAGUUGCCCUGGUCAGACAUUGAACUCAUUCCAACCACCGAAGUGGAGACUUGGAAGCCUCCUGAACUGUCAAAUUGCUCCCGCAUCCGGAUGGGUAUAAGAUCUCGGCCUGGUUUUGCUAUGACUAUUGCUGUGGCUAUCAUGGUGGUCCUGACUGUGAUCGUGAUGCACUGCAACUCAGAGUGGCAGUGGACCCAAAUGACAAGACGAUUUGAACAUGCAGAGACGGCCUCGAAGCUGGCCCAAAAGAAGGCAGACGAGAUGAGUCAAAAAGAAACAGCCCUUCAAGAGCAGUUGGACCAGACCAAAGGAACUCUUAAACAUGAGGAAGCUGUGGACCAAACGCUUGCUGGUACCAUGUGCAAGUGGGAUGUCCAAUCUAAACAGUGUCUUGGUUUGAACCCACUUGCUGCUGUCAAGAGUGCAGAUAAGUGCCAACAGGCUUGCUGCAAACUUGGCCGGGAGUUGUGCUCCGUUUGGCAAUAUCGCCACAGUGGGGAACUCGAACGACUGCACUGGUGA